AUGGUUGUAAAUAUUAAAUCAUUUACCUCUCUAGAGAAAAUUGUAAAAAAAUUAGCAUUUAAACAUGUGGAAACUAUCAAAACAGCUAAUUUAAAUUUUAAUACAUGCGAAAAUAGUGUUCCGAUAGAUGAAAAAGAUGUUACUAGAAUUUUCAAAAUUGUGGAUGAAUAUACUUUAACAGAAAAUUCAUUACAUAUUAAAAAAGGUGUAGAAGAACUAUUAAAGUGCAGUGAAAAUAUUUUUAAAACAAAUCCAAACAACUUUUUAAUGCCAACAUCCUCUGCAAGUGCUCCUCUCAACCCACCAAUUUAUGAUUUGUUGUUAGAAAUAUUUUGCAAUACAUCCCAACUAGAAAGACAAUAUUAUUUUCACAAAUUAGCAGAAUGUUACUAUAACCACCUUCAGAUUACAAAAUCUGUUGUAACAAAAGAAGAAUUCGAAGAUCAAAUAAAGCAGUACCUUCCUUAUAUCAAAAUGGAAAUGAUCCUGUUUUAUUCAAAAAUAAAACCGUUAAAUAAACCAAAAUUGUUAGAAGCCAUUUCUGAAUUAAUCGAAGUAAUUCUCUAUCCUAAAAUACUAAGAGAAGAAUGUUACAAAAUUGUUAGCAAUAAACUAGGAACCGAAAAUUACGAAUUUUUAAAAUACGACCUGAAUUUUAUUGAAGAACGACCAGGAUUCUUAGGAGAUUAUUACAAACUUAAUAUUUUUGUUAAAUAUCAAGAUAAUGAAGAUAUUAUUCGUUGCUUCGCCAAGUACAUGCCUACAACCAAUGAGACAACAAUACUUUUGGCUAAAUUUACUUUUAAGAAAGAAAUAUUUUUCUACAAUGAUUUCAUUCCAACAAUUGAAGCUCUAGGAGAGAAAGGUUUAACGGACUUUUUACCAAAAUGUUAUCUUUGCAAAUCAAAUGAUUACAUCAUAUUAGAAGACCUAUCGUAUCACAAUUAUACCAGUGCGUCAAUUUUUGUUCCCGCUGAAUAUGACUGGUUAAUAUUAGUUAUCAAACAAAUGGCAAAAAUACAUGCUUGUUCCUUUGUUUUCGAAGAAAAAACGUCAAAGAAAAUGGGAAAAAAAAUUCGUUUGGAUGAAGUUUACAAACCAUUUCUUACAGAAUACCUUUUCUCUGAGACGAAUCCGACCGGUGGCGUAAUAUUAAAUGGAACACGAUUGGUUGACACUUAUUUUCUUGAAAAAUUUGUAGAUAGUAAUUCUCUUGAGGAUGUGAGAACGAAAACUACAAAGGCUUUUAAAAAAAUGUAUAAAGAUAUCGAAGUAUCUGACAUCUAUAGAAAUGUUAUAUGUCAUGGAGAUAUGUGGGGAAGCAAUAUACUAACUAAAUAUAAUAAAAAUGUACCUGUUUCUUGCAGACUGGUUGAUUAUCAAAUGAUCAGAUACUGUUCUCCUAUAGUUGAGCUGCUAUUUCUCAUUGAAAUUAAUACAAACCAAACUAUACGAAAUAAAUUUUAUCAAAAGUUCUUGGAUACUUACUUUUCUGAACUAAAUGAUUGUUUGAAACGUCAUGAUAUCAAUAUUGAUGAAAUAUAUGAUUAUAACACUUUCUUAAAAGCAUGCAGUUAUUAUAAACUAAGUGUUAUCUGUAUGGUUCUUACUUAUAUUCAAGUUGUUUUUAUACCCAAAGAAAUAAUGGUAGAAAUUAAUGGAAAUGUUGAAAAAGCACGACAGUAUUUGCAGGACGGUGAUAGAGCUGAUGUAUUAGACAAUGCAAUGAAACAUGAUAUUUUCGCCUCUAAAAUUCAAGAAACAAUGGAAGAAUUUCUUGAAGAAUUGAAGAAAAGCACUAGUUUGUGA